UUCCAAUAUGUGUCGAUGAAGGCAUCCUGGAUGUGACACAGAACCUACGCUCGGCGCUACGUCAUCUUCGGAGUCCUUUGGAGAGGCGCACGCUUUGGGUAGAUGCCGUUUGCAUUGACCAAACGAAUCUAGAUGAGCGGGCUCGAGAAGUGGGCAUCAUGAACAAAAUCUACCAGCAAACCACUCGAGCGGUCGUAUGGCUUGGACCCCAUGCUCGAUCGCCUGAGCUGGCCUUCUUAAAUGGAUUUAGAAAGUUCGCCCACCAAACCAAACACGAGUGUCAACAUAUAUCGGCCAAAGAAGUCACACGACACGGAAAUGAGACUCACAGAAGCCGCAAACGAGGCUGUCGACUUCUUGGUUCUCCAACACUGGUUUGAACGAGUAUGGGUUAUCCAAGAUAUAGCUCUACCGGACGAUGCAUGCAUCAUGUGCGGACCGAGAGAGAUAGAGUGGAAAACCUUCGCCAGCAGAAUCGAGAAUGGCUUGCGAAGGGGCCUGUUUCAGACUUCUAUGUUCGGCUUUGUCGAUGCUGAUAACUUCCAUAACUUUCGCGCUGUGGCGUCGAUACAUGCAAGAGAUACAAGCCGUCCGCCGGCCCAACAGUUACUUGAUCUUCUUAUCCAAUUUCGCAUACGGGAUGCGACGGAUCCAAGAGACAAAGUGUUUUCUUUACUAGGCCUAGUUUCCGACGUCGAAGAACUCGGCUUGACCCCGGACUGUCGUGCUUCUGCCGCCAGCCUUUACUGUAAGACAGCGAUCAGUAUACUCUCGCGCUCGACUUGCCUUGAUUUAUUUGGACUAGCUGUUACAAGCUCGAAAUCAGAUCUCGGCCAAAGUCUACCAUCUUGGGUUGCGGAUUGGAGCUUCACUAAAAGCAUACCGAAGCCGUUCAUGCUGGAUGCACGAGGUGAACCGAGGCUAACAAGCACAUCUUGGAACACCACUGCAUCCAUCAAAUUUCCUGAUAUGGACACUGCUGUAAUUUCCGGUCAUUUUGUGGACACUAUCGCGUCUGUGAGUGAUCCUCUCAUUGACCUACAUGACGAUGGCAAUUGGUUCGUAGACGACGACUUCUUCGCAAAGACCGAGCAGCUGGAGAACCCCGAACAUACCAGCCUACGCGGGAUAUAUCGCACCGUCCGAAAUUCUGCAGGUGCUGUCAAAUUUACCCUCGGGGAGAUCUUCCGCGUCGUGGACCAAAUUGAAGUCUUCCUACGAUGGGAAAACCUGGCACAAGCUGGCGACAAGAAUGGCCCGACCACAACGCGGACUCGCGAAGAACAUAUGGCUAUCUACUGGCAAACGCUUUGUACGGGGACCAUGCCAGACGGGUACGAUACUACGGAAGAAUUGUUUCGGGCGUGGUACAAUUCCUUGGCCUCCGUCAGGCGAUUGACUAAAAUGAGAGUCAACACUGUACGAAGACUCUUCAGACCGCUAGCCUUCAUGGGCUACAUGAUAUCGACGCUGAAGCUGAAUGAGAAAUUCGCAUCAGAGUUGAUGACCCACGCAAACCAGAGACGAAUGGCAAGGACGAAGAAAGGCUACCUUUGCUUCAUACCUGCAAAAUCUGAAGCUGGCGACUCCGUGGCAUUGUGCAAAGGGGGAAGAGUGCCACUCAUUCUGAGAAAAGAGGACUUGCAUUGGAAACUCGUAGGAGAGAGCUAUAUACACGGCUUGAUGGAUGGGAAAGCCUUCCGCGAAGACGCGUGUGCGUACAUAUCGAUACAGUGGAAGGCCUGCGGCGAGGGCAGAGCGUUCGAAUUCACACCCAGUCUUUGUUCUCUAAGACACCAGUGAGCUUUCACCACAAUGAUGCCUGGGAAAACAAUAGCGGCGAACCAGGCCAAAGGAUUCACUGUACGGCGUCGGCUGCUGGCCUAUUUAUACCUGUAAACACUGCUCACUGCUUUCAAAAGUACUCAUAUUCACAACACUCUACACACCACCAUACCACUCCAGUUUUCGUUACACACUAUCACUAGCGUAAGCAUCAAACUCGUCAACAACAAACAAACGCUAAGGGAGUUAGUAAACACUUUGACGUCUAUAGUCGCCAUCAUACACCAGCAUGAGCUCCGUUGGCCGGUCUGCUACUCGUGAGCAGCGCACUGAAGCAGGAAUUCGGGUGAUCAUGGUGAGAAAGGAAAAGGUCGGCUCGACGACUCCGGAGGGCAGCCCUCCUUCCAAUAGACUAGAAUACUC